AUGGCUAUCGAAGAGAUAAUUACAGACCCAUCCCUCAAGCUUGCACUUGAAACUUCGAAUCAGACGCGGGAACAAGCAAUUGCUCUUCUAGACUUCGUAUCGGCUGCAUCUACAACCUCCCCUCCGUCGAACGAAGUUCUACUACAGAUUUCUAAACAACAAAAACUACUCCUUACAUACCUCGCACAAUUGAGAGGUCUACAUCGUGAUUCUCAUGCCGGCGCACGAGAAACAAAAGCUUUAACCGCGGAAGCGCGUCAAGAAGUAGAUAGGCUACAUUUACAACUUCAAAAUCUAUACUAUGAACAACGGCAUUUACAAGGAGAGAUUGCUGCUUGCGAAUCAUAUGAUCAUAAAUAUCAGCAACUUCCCCUGAUACCAGUCGACGAAUUCUUAGCGCAACAUCCUGAACACGCUGACGCUGAUGAGAAUGCGCUUAUGAUUGCAAGAAUAGAUCAUGAACAUCAGGAAAGAUUGAAGUUGGAGGAACAGAGACAAGGGCUUUUAAAGAAGAAACAAGGCUUGAUUGCCGAUAAUAAGAAGAGAAAGGAUGAUCUAGCCAACCUUGACAAAGAUUUGGAAAAGUUUAUCGAUGCUGCGAAACCGAUACAGAAAACCUUUGAGCGUGUGUUGAGGAGUCAAGAGGAAACCGACCUUGAUAGUGUACCUGGAGAGGUCAACAUCGGUGCAACCCGUGUACUGGGAGAACAAACACAAGCUACUAGAAAGCCACAUCAUAUCACAGGAAUGCCGACGCAUGUGGUUUCGGUUGGCAUAGAAGGAUUGCAGUUUACGCCGACGGAGUUGAGUGCGAAUGUUAGUGAUGUGAUAGAAUUUCGAUUUUAUCCUCAAAAUCAUUCGGUUGCGAGAGCAGAAUAUGGAAGCAAUAGAGCGUGUAUUCCAUAUGAAGUUACGGGCGUCAACAAGCGGGGGUUUUGGAGUGCUUUUCAUCCGAUCAAUGUGGUUUUAAAUGAUCCUCCGAAAUUCCAAGUCGUUGUCAAUGAUACGAAUCCCAUCUUCUUUUAUUGUUCAGCUCCAGGAGCGUGCCAUGAGGAUGGAAUGAUUGGUGUAAUUAAUGCUAACUCAACUCAAACAUUCGCCAAUCAAUUGGAAUACGCGAAAAACUCCUCGAUACAAUUCAGUCCUGGCGAAAACUUCCCCGUCGAAGCUACUUCAUCCUCCUCUUCGACUGCUCGUCCGACAUCUACCUCGUCCUCAGGCGACUCCCCCAGUACCACUACCUCCGCUUCCACAAUAAUCGUUACAGACUCUUCUCCCUCUUCUUCAACCUCCUCCAAGCUAUCCCCAGGCGCUAUAGCAGGGAUAGCCAUCGGCGCAUCCGCACUCGUCCUACUAGCCAGCGCCCUCCUCUACCUCUGCGGCCGCCAACGCACCAUCAAAGAAAUAAUCCAUCACAACUCCCGUCCCUCAAACAUGACUUCACAUACCCAUUCCAAUCCGCAUCACCCCGGUGGUCCCAACCCCCAAUCCUAUAUCGCGCCCUCGGCAACUCUUUCUGAAACAACGUAUUACAAUAAACCUCGAAAUCUCAUGACGGAAAAUGAAAUUCGCGGGCUGGGACAAUUUUCCGGCGCCGGAAGCGAAAAUCAUUCGCAUCUUUCUGAGUCGAAUAUUGGGAGUGAGGGCUAUGGACGGAGUCGCAGUCGGAGUCCGGGGGCGGAUGAAUAUGGUAUGGUCAUUCCGCCGUUAAAUUUAGGGGGAAGUGGGAGUGGGAGUGGCGGGAGAGGAGCGGAGGGAAGAGCGAGCCCGAAUCAUCACCAAGGGAAUGUGAAUUCGGGUGGAAAUGUGAGUUUACCGAAUAGUCCUGGAAUGUCUGGAUCUUUGGGUGUACAGAUGGGGAUGGGAGAGAGGUGGGAACGGGAAAGGGAGAGCGAGAGAUUGAGGGGACUAAGAUCCUCUCCCUCUCCGGGAACUCCAAAUCAUUCCCACUCCCACGCUUCAUCGUCAGGACCCCACGAAUUAGCUACGCAUCAGGAUCGAGACAGUAUGCGCGGACAUGGCCAUGAUCGAUACGAUGAUCCGGAAAUGUGA